AUGACUGCAUUUGAGCCCACCGACGGUAUCAGCUUCAAAACGUACUGGCGGCAUAUGUGGACACCAUUUCUCCUUUUCUUUCGCAUUCCAGCAGUGGCCUUUGUUGGCAUCGAAUAUUCUCUCAUGAUGUGCUGGGUGGCCAUUUUGGCUACAACACAGCCUAUCCUAUUUGCGGCACCCCCGUACAACUUCUCAUCGGUGGGGGUGGGCAACAUUAAUAUUGCACCAUUCAUCGGUGCAGUCGUCGGGGCCAUAUAUGGGGGUCCUUUAAAUGAUUACUAUGUCGUGUACAUGGCCCGGCGCCGAGCUGGAAUCUAUGACCCGGAGCUCAGACUGCACAUGCUUCUUGCGCCACUAAUAGUCUGUCCUCUAGGUCUCUUCCUUUAUGGUAUUAGCAUUGCUAAUGAACAACCAUGGAUUGUCCCGUGUAUUGGAUCCUCCUUUGUCGGCUUUGGAAUCGGAUCCGUAACGUCUAUUAUUCUCCCGUACUACGGAGAUUCCUAUCGUGAGGUAUGGCUCCUUUCUCUCCAUUUCACUGAUCUUGCAACGUCGUGGUCGCUGAUUAUUUCCCAGCUUGUCGCUGAAGGGCUCGUCGUCAUUACAUUCAUCCGCAACGUAGUCUCGACAGGUAUAUCGUUCGCUAUUAAUCCGUGGAUGACCGGGCUUGGUGUCCAGAAUAUGUUCAUCAGCACUGGAUGCUUGUGCUUUGGCACUAUGGUCUUUAUCAUUCCCAUGAUGAUUUGGGGUCGGAAGGCGCGUAGCAGCACCGCCGACUAUUACUUGAGUGCGGUCGCUGCAGGCUAA